AUGGCCGCGGACCUGGGCGUGGUGGCCGCGGCAGUAGUGCCCGUCUGGGACGGGGAUGGGGAGGGAGUUCAUGAGUCUGGCUGCUGCAAGCCCCCCACCAGCUGCGGCUACACAUACGUCGGCGGCACGGACUGGACGGCGGCGGUCCCCCCCAACUCAUCGUCGGACCCGGACUGCCAGACCUGGAGCAACUCGGCGCUCUGCUACGGCUGCCAGUCGUGCAAGGCCGGCGUGGUGGCCACGGUCAAGCGGGACUGGAAGCGCGUCGCCGUCGUCUGCAUCGUCUUCCUCGUCUUCAUCAUCAUCGUCUACUCCGUCGGCUGCUGCGCCUUCAGGAACAACCGCAGGGACAACGCCUACCGCGGCGGGUGGAAGGGCGGGCACGCUUGA